CCCGGUGCCCGCCGCUCCCCGGUGCCCGCCGCUCCCGGCCCCGGCAUGGCCGAGACGCACAACGAAUGCAGCAUCAAGGUUUUGUGCCGUUUCCGCCCCCUGAACCAGGCGGAGACGCUGCGCGGAGAUAAGUUCCUGCCUCUUUUCCAGGGCGGAGACAGCGUCAUCGUUGGGGGGAAACCGUACGUGUUCGACCGUGUGUUCCCUCCGAACACGACCCAGGAGCAGGUGUACCACGCAUGUGCAAUGCAGAUCGUCAAAGAUGUCUUGGCCGGCUACAAUGGCACCAUCUUCGCGUAUGGACAGACGUCUUCAGGGAAGACCCACACCAUGGAGGGCAAGCUGCACGACCCCCAGCUGAUGGGAAUUAUCCCGCGCAUUGCCCGCGACAUAUUCAACCACAUCUACGCCAUGGAUGAAAACCUCGAGUUUCAUAUCAAGGUUUCGUACUUUGAAAUUUAUCUGGACAAAAUCCGUGACCUGCUAGAUGUGACGAAGACAAACUUGUCUGUACACGAGGACAAAAACCGGGUCCCGUUUGUCAAAGGUUGCACCGAGCGCUUCGUCUCCAGCCCCGAGGAGAUUCUCGACGUGAUCGAUGAGGGGAAGUCAAACCGACACGUGGCCGUGACCAACAUGAACGAGCACAGCUCCCGCAGCCACAGCAUCUUCCUCAUCAACAUCAAACAGGAGAACGUGGAGACGGAGCAGAAGCUCAGCGGGAAGCUCUACCUGGUGGACCUGGCGGGCAGCGAGAAGGUGAGCAAGACCGGGGCCGAGGGGGCCGUGCUGGACGAGGCCAAGAACAUUAACAAGUCCCUCUCCGCCCUGGGGAACGUCAUCUCCGCGCUGGCGGAGGGCACCAAAAGCUACGUGCCCUAUCGCGACAGCAAGAUGACGCGGAUUCUACAGGACUCGCUCGGGGGGAACUGCAGGACAACUAUGUUCAUCUGCUGCUCUCCGUCCAGCUACAACGAUGCCGAGACCAAAUCCACGCUCAUGUUCGGACAGAGGGCCAAGACCAUCAAGAACACCGCCUCCGUGAAUCUGGAGCUGACGGCCGAGCAGUGGAAGAAGAAAUACGAGAAGGAGAAGGAGCGGAACAAGGCGCAGAAGGAGACCAUCCUGAAGUUGGAAGCAGAGCUGGCCCGGUGGCGCAGUGGUGAGAGCGUCCCGGAGACGGAGCGGCUCGGGCCGGAGCCGGCGGGGCCCGAGCCCGGGGAAGAGACGCCCGUCAACGACAACGCCACUACCGGCACCUCCAUCACCGCCGGCCUGGCCCGCGAAGAGCAACACAAGUACGAGGAGGAGAUCCGCAGCUUGUGCAAGCAGCUGGACGACAAGGACGAUGAAAUCAAUCAGCAGAGUCAGCUGAUGGAGAAGCUCAAGCAGCAGAUGUUGGACCAAGAGGAGCUGCUGGUGUCCACCCGCGGGGACCACGAGAAGGUGCAGCAGGAGCUGGGGCACCUGCAGGCCGAGAGCGAGGCGGCCAAGGAGGAGGUGAAGGAGGUGCUGCAGGCGCUGGAGGAGUUGGCGCUCAACUACGACCACAAGUCGCAGGAGGUGGACGAAAAGGCGCAGCAGAACCAGCUGCUGGCCGACGAGUUGUCCAGGAAGGUGGCCACCACGCUGUCCCUGGAGUCGGAGCUGCAGCGGUUGCAGGAGGUCAGCGGGCACCAGCGGAAGCGUGUGGCCGAAGUACUGAACGCCCUGAUGAAGGAUCUGAGCGAGUUCAGCGUCAUCGUGGGCAACGGCGAGAUCAAGCUGCCGGUGGAGAUCAGCGGAGCCAUCGAGGAGGAGUUCACGGUGGCGCGCCUGUACAUCAGCAAGAUCAAGUCGGAGGUGAAGUCGGUGGUGAAGCGGUGCCGGCAGCUGGAGAGCCUACAGGUGGAGUGUCACCGCAAGAUGGAGGUGACCAGCCGCGAGCUGUCCUCCUGUCAGCUGCUCAUCUCCCAGCACGAAGCCAAGAUCCGCUCCCUGACCGAAUACAUGCAGACGGUGGAGCUGAAGAAGCGGCACCUGGAGGAGUCGUACGACGCGCUGAGCGACGCGCUGGCCAAGCUGCGGGCCCAGGAAACGGUACACGAAGGGACCCUGAAGGACCAGGAACCUGACACUCAGGACUCAGAGGAGAAGAAGGUGCUGGAGCUGCAGAUGGAGACCCAGCGGGAGACCCAUCACCGGCAGCUGUCGCGUCUGCGGGACGAGAUCAACGAGAAGCAGAAGACCAUCGACGAACUCACUGACCUCAACCAGAAGCUGCAGUUGGAGCUGGAGCGGCUGCAGGCCGACUACGAGGCUCUGAAAAGCGAGGAGCGCGUCAAGAGCGUCAAACUGCAGGAGCUGACAUUUCUGUACGAGCGGCAGGAACAGUCGCAGCAGGACCUCAGGGGGCUGGAGGAGACCGUGGCUCGGGAACUCCAGACCCUUCACAACCUGCGGAAACUGUUCGUUCAAGACGUCACGACUCGAGUCAAGAAAAGCGCAGAGCUGGAACCCGAAGACAGCGGGGGGCCCCACUCCCAGAAACAGAAGAUCUCCUUUCUGGAGAACAACCUGGAGCAGCUUACAAAAGUUCACAAGCAGCUGGUCCGUGACAAUGCAGACCUGCGCUGUGAGCUUCCGAAGCUGGAGAAACGACUUCGCGCUACGGCUGAGCGCGUUCGGGCCCUGGAGGGGGCACUGAGGGAAGCCAAGGAGGGCGCCGUCAAGGACAAGCGCCGCUACCAGCAGGAGGUGGACCGCAUCAAGGAGGCCGUGCGCUGCCAGAGCGCCGGCAAGCGGGGCCGCUCGGCGCACAUCGCCAAGCCCGUUCGCCCCGGCCACUACCCGGCCGCGUCGCCCACCAACCCCUACGGCAGCCGCAGCCCCGACUGCGCCAGCUACACCAACAACCUCUUCCAGAGCUACCAGGGCCUGUUCCUCCCGCCGCCGGGCCCCGCUCCUGCCGCCGGCCCCGGCCCCGGCCCCGGCCCCGUCGACUCCUACUUCGGAAAGGCCUGCAGCGGCCCGAGCGCAGGCGGAGGCGCCACCGCCGCCCACCAGCAGCUCCACGUGGACAAUGGAAACGUCACCGACAUCAACGACAACAGGAGUGACCUCCCCUGCGGCUGUGAAGCCGAUGACCAGUCCAAGCUGUUUCCAUUGCAGCAGCCAGAGACGGCGGCCAGUUAGAGCCGGGCCAGCAGACCCGGAAGUCCAGGUGAGACCAGGACUGCGCCUGAUCUGAUUGUUCUCUAUCUACCCCAGCACUCAGCACAGUGUUCAGUGUCUAGUAGGCAUAGAUUGAAUGCCACAGUCAUUAUAGUUACCGUUCUUAUCGUGCCAUCGGUGUGCUACCUGCAGCCCACGACUUUCUUGCCCUGCACCUGAGGCAGGAAGGGAAGCACCUGGGGUUCAGCUGGCCAGUCCCAUUCCCCAAGAGAUCAGCCUGCCCCGCGCUCCGCUAGUCCCUCGGAGGUUCCUUGGUUGGAGCCAGACACCCCUGGCUCUGUACAGAUAACCAGUGCUUACUUGAGGGAUUAAAAGGCAAUGAUAUUUGAGCCCCGGGUCUGGAAAGAUCCCCAACCUCCUUUCCCUAGUCUAGAACAUGUCCCCCACUCACCGGGGUGGCCUCGGCCCCAAGCCACCGGAUGCAGCUCUCCGAGGGGAGCUGCCUUCUCCCCCAUCCCCUCCUCCCCCUAAUUUUGGGCCGGUGACCCUCUCUGUGACCACGGCUUUCUUGGUGAGUGACCCCCACCCCCGGCCGGCCCCACGAUGGAGCCCGCGCUCCGGUGGCCUUUCCCCCCGGAUGACUCCAAGAUGGAGAAUGGGACUUUCGCUUCCAGGUCCUUUGGGUGCCCACCCGGCCCAAGUGGGCCCACAAACCACCCUGGGGUUUCUUCCCCAUUGAGCUAGCCCCACCUGCUUGGCCAAAUCCCGCCCUAUGUUUGGCUGUGUUCCCUCUGAUAUCACCAAGGGGCAGGGGAGGGAACUGACAUCUUGGGAGGGCUCUGGUGUCAUCUGAGCAGGGAGGCAUGUCUGCUCUUGGAAUCUCCGAGGCCCACCCCCAACCUUCUCUCCAGGCACAAGCGAGGCUAGGGUGAGAGCUGCCCUUGGAGCUCCAGGCCGGACCGGGCCCUCCCGGAGCCAGGGCUGGAGCCGGGAGCGGCAAGAGCCAGAAGGUCCCGCUAAUCAAUCCAUCGGUGGUAUUGGUAGAAUGCCUCUGCAUGCGGCGCACUAUACUAAGCGCUUGGGACAGUACCGUUAAGUUAAAAUACACAAUCCCUGUCCUCAAGCGACUUGCAGAC